AUGUCUAUUCAAAGUAUUUUCGAAUCCAUUAAACCCGUUAGUACCGUGGAUUUAUUAAUUUUAAUUUUCGCCACUUUUAUCUCUACCUACAUAUUCAACUUCUAUUACAAAUACUAUACUCGUCCCAACCCACUCCCUGGUCCACUUCCUUUACCAUUUAUUGGAAACGCACAUAACCAAGGCACCGAUAUAAAGAAAUUUUAUCAAGAAUGUCAACAAAAAUAUGGAGAUAUUUGUGAGCUGAUGCUCGAUCGCAGAUAUAUAAUUCUUUCACGGCCAGACUAUAUUAAAAAACUUUGUGCUCCUGCGCAAUUUUUCCAGAGACUUCCAGAUUCUCCAGGUUCAGUUGAAUUAGGAAUGCACAACCAUGGACUUUUCUUUAAUGAAGAUCAGAAUAGAUGGAAUCGUAAUAGACAGUUCUUUACCGAUGUAUUAUCAUCUAAAUUUAUUGAUGCAUCAAUAAUAACUAUACAUAAAAUAUACGAAGAAAUGGAUGAUUACUGGAAAUCCCUUGGAAAGCAAAAUACUUCAAAGAAGGAUAAUGAUGAUAAUAACAAUUGGACAUUAGAAACCGAUUUUUCAGCAUGGUUCCAUGGAUUUAUCAAUGACGUUACUUCAGUACUUUCCACUGGAAAACGCACGUAUUCAAUUGCAUCCUAUUAUAAUACACUAAGCAUUAACAAGUCCGAACAUCCUGAUGCGUUAGUCGAGGAUGGAAACAACUUUGUCAAUGCAUGCGUAAAAUUUCUUGAAAGUCUCUUGUUUUUCUCGUUCUUUAGCCCCUUUGCUAGGAAUUACAUUCCAAUACUCAGAGGCAAAUCAAAAGAUUAUUCAAAUAACCGUGAUUACCUGUUUGAAAAAUUGGAUAGCAUCAUUAAAAAGCGAAGAAUUGAAAUAGAAGAAAGGCCAGAAACAAGGGCGCAAACAGAUAUGCUUACUUCCUUAAUUACAACAGAAACUGUUGCUGAAGGAGAAAAUUUUAAUCCUAUGACAGAUUUGGACAUAAGAAUGAAUUUGGUAGAUGCUUUUUUGGGUGGAUCAAAUACUAGUGCAAACUUAUUCUGUUUCAUAACCUACUACCUUUGUAAACAUCCUAAUGUAAAAGAAAAAAUGCUUUCGGAAAUCGAUUCUAUUAUAUCUAAAUCCUCUGAUAAGUCUUACUUAUCAUGCGACAAUCUCAGAAAACUAAAAUAUUGUGAAGCUAUAAUUAAGGAAGCUAGCCGUUUAGUAUCACCGAUACCUUUUGUAUUUCGUCACACUAUUACUGAGUGUGAAGUUGGUGGAUAUAUUUGGCCAGCCGGUACAGAUUUUCAAAUAAAUUUUGAAGGAGCGCAUUAUCACCCUGAGUCUUGGGGUAAUCCCAAGAUUUUUGAUCCGGACAGGUUUUAUAAAAAUGAUGGUGAUAACGAUAGAUCUGCUUGGAUGCCGUUUGGUGGAGGUAAACGUAUAUGUCCUGGAAAAAAUCUGGCAACAAUCGCAAAUCUUUUAUUAAUGGUUUCAGUAUAUAAAAACUAUAAUGUUGAGUUAGUGAAUGAGCACGAACCAUUGAAAACUUUUAGUCAAAUAGCUACUACCUGUACAGAAUUGAAAGUUAGAAUUAGCCCUCGAACUUAA